CAUUCUGUGGUAUUUUUGGUGUGGUAUAUUCAUAUUUGCAGGGCUGCAGUUGCAUCAGGUGGGCAGCCCGAUUGUGACACUCUCAGUCACACCUGUCAGCUGAUUUCGAAAAGUCUCUUUUCCGUGAAUUUUCCCCGUUUUCCGUCAGUUAUUUUCAUUUCUUCGACGCGAGCGGUUCGUACGGUUUUGUUUGAAAUUUGUCGAGAGUGUCGCAUCGAAAUGAUUUUUGAGGGGGAGAAUCCGCAGCAGCGCUUCGCGGUCGCCGCCCAAGCGGUUCAGGAAUCUCAGCUCCGCUGGCGUGUAUCUCAUCUACAGGCAUUAAACGCGAAGAAAAAGCAUCCUCGUCCCAGGUGCAGUGGUCGCGUCGUCAGCCGGAAUCACUUCUUUAAGCACAGUCGCGGUUUCCUGUGGUUUCUGCUCGUCAAUUUGCUCUCGGGCGUGAACCGCGUCAAUUCCCAGUUGCUAAUCAACGUUCAAAAUCAGGGCGGCGAGGUGAUCCAGGAGAGCAUUACCUCCAACAUUGGCGAGGACCUGAUAACGCUGGAGUUCCAGAAAACGGACGGCACGCUCAUCACCCAGGUCAUCGACUUCCGCAAUGAGGUUCAAAUCCUCAAGGCCCUCGUCCUGGGCGAGGAGGAGCGCGGCCAGAGCCAGUACCAGGUGAUGUGCUUCGCCACCAAGUUCAACAAGGGCGACUUCAUCUCCUCGGCGGCGAUGGCCAAGCUGCGCCAGAAGAAUCCGCACACCAUCCGCACUCCCGAGGAGGACAAGGGCCGGGAGACCUUCACCAUGAGCAGCUGGGUGCAGCUGAACCGCUCCCUGCCCAUCACCCGGCAUCUGCAGGGCCUCUGCGCCGAGGCCAUGGACGCCACCUACGUCCGGGAUGUGGACCUCAAGGCUUGGGCGGAGCUGCCAGGCUCCUCGAUCUCCAGCCUGGAGGCGGCCACCGAGAAGUUCCCCGACACGCUAUCCACGCGCUGCAACGAGGUGAGCAGCCUGUGGGCGCCCUGCCUGUGCAACCUGGAGACCUGCAUCGGCUGGUAUCCCUGCGGGCUGAAGUACUGCAAGGGCAAGGGGGCCGCCGGAGGGGAUACGUCGGGCGCCCAGCAGCAGGCGCAGCCGACGAACUAUCGGUGCGGCAUCAAGACCUGCCGCAAGUGCACACAGUUCACCUAUUAUGUGCGGCAGAAACAACAGUGCCUCUGGGAUGAAUGACGACGCGGCGAGCUGCAGCUGAUGCAGAUGCGCUGCACCAGGCGGCGGAAUGGGAGCGACGAGGGGGUAGUCACCUGCCCGGGAGAAACAAGAGCAGCAGCAGCAGCAGCAGGAUCAGCGGGAGCAGGAGCUGCAGCUGGAAAGGAUACAACGACAGCGGCAACAACGACAACCAACAAAUUAAGGCAACUGCUCUUGUUGGUCCAGCAGCAGAUGCCUUUUGCUCUGUGGAGUUUUCCGGUCCAUCACAUUUCCCAGCCCCACUCCCACUCCCACUCCCGUUCCCAUUCGCAUUCCCACUCCCAAGCCCAACAUAAACCCCGACAGCAGCAGCAUCAGCAUCAUUCUCAGGUUGCCCCCACUGCGCUUCGCCCCUCAUCCUCAUCACAAUCAUCAUCAUCAUCAUCCUCAUCGUUGUCGUCGUCGUCCGCAAUGGCCGCCAUCGUUGCGUGAUAAUGAACGCUUGGAACACCCAACUUCCCCAAUCCACUACACGUCCUCACGAAAAAAAACGAGUGUUGACACUUUUUCCGCUCACGAUUCAAGAUUCUGGACGAUGUCGUUCGAAUGCAGCCCAACGGGAGGAGCUUGAGCCACGGGAAAACACAGCAAAAAAGGAGUAAAGCGAAAUAAAUGUAAAAAUGUGCUUCUGUAUACUAUGUAUAUAUAUGUAUAUUUAACGAUGAUUAGCUUUUAGCCAGCUUACGUUUUACGCUUAUGCCGGAUUUCGUUUUAGACCUAGGUUAGGUGUCCUUAUUCAAUUUAAGCCGGAGUGAGCACGUUUGGCACAUUAAUAUCUAAUCCUUUUCUCCCUUUUUAAUCUCCUCCGUUUAAGUUCUUAGUUAUGAUUGAUAAAUAUUUGAGUAAUUCCAAUAUUUCACUUUACCUUUCCUACUUGCAUAAUACUCUUCAGCUUUAUAAACCCUUCAAGGACUUGCUAACAAUUUUUUAUACGAGCUUUCCCUUCCUUCAGUCGCUUAUUUACCUUGCCUAGUUCAAUUCCAAUUUGUUUACUUUGCCCGUUCACUUCACACUUUUCAUCCACAUUGUGUGCAGCAAUUUCGUUUCAAUUACCCUUUUAGAGCGUUUUAUAUUUCCUUUGUUUGCCUUUUCCUCCACUUCACUUUACCUUAACUGAAGCCUGAUUAGAUGUAUUAAGAAUGUUGGACACAGUAUCACGUUCCGCGCUCUUUCCACUCGUGUUGCGUUGAGCUCAAGAAUAUUAAAUAGGAAUAGCAGUAUAAAUAUAAAUAAAUUAAAUGUGGCCUUAGCAUAUUUUAUGAGCGGUAGAGAAGAGAAAUUAAUUGAACUAAGGAAUUUGUCAGGCGGCAGCAGAACUCGUAAUUAAUUGUGCUCAUAAUAGUUGUAACCGAAGAACCACGCAGGAAUACACAUAAUAUAUUGCCAUUUGGGUGAGUGUGGGGAAUCUACUAACCAAAACGACUGCCGCAGAAAAAGCUUUUCUAUCUUUUCCACUCGAAAAUGGCUGUUUGAGAUACCCUUGUCCCGUUUCCUUCUUUCUAGUCUUUCUUCCACUAAAUCUAAUCUUUAUAAACUAAACCGUAAACCGUAAACACGCCUGCCUUUUUGCCUUUGACUUGUAAUCUUUUCCACUUUAUAUUCGAAACAAUUGAAAUACCUUACGAUGAGAGAACCUUAAGCAACUUUAAUGAUACCAAUAAUAAACAAUACCAAGAACAAUAAUCUAUUGUAUAAAUUUCAAGAACCUAGUCUACUUAGAGUGUUAAAAUGGCAUAUUUUCCUAAAAGCGUACUACAAACAAGUCAGAAAAAAGUCUUUAAACAGUUUCGACGACAAGAAAAACCAACGGUGAUAAUAAUUUUUUCUACGAUAUAGAAAGGCAACUCCUUCGACUCUCUGUAUAAAAAUAAAAACGAAACGAAAUUGAUCAAGUGUAUAAAUUGAUUAGUAUUAAUAAGCAUUUAAGAGCGAAAGCAACUCGAUGAUCUGAAUUGUGUAAAGAGCAUUUGCCAAUAAUAAGCGAUUAAUCGACUAGUCCUAACAAAUAAUUGAAAUUAAUAAUUAGUCUUAAAACAAAUGCUGACAAAUUCUACGUUUUAUAAAAAAGCAAUAAUGAAAACACUAAA